AUGAGUUUGUAGUGGGGGAACGUGGCCCGGCGGCGGCUGCAGUGCCACUAGAACGCGCACAGCUUCCGCAACGAUAAGUAUGACACCAGCGCCCAGCGGAAGAAAAUAAAUGCCAAGCUUCAUGAUGGAGUAUGUCAGCAUUGUAAAGGUAUCUUGGAGCGGCGGGUAAAAUUCAGCAAGUAUAAACUACUAUCAAAACCCCCAAAAUGUGUCAAAUGCCUCCAGAAAGCUGUAAAAGAUCCUUACCAUAUUAUUUGCCAACCCUGCGCUUGUAAACUAGGAAUCUGUGCUAAAUGUGGAAAGGAAGAAGAAAUUGUAAUUCCGAUUGAUAAAGGACAAGACAGAACUGAGAGUGAGGCUACUGAAAAUGGCCAAGAGAGAAGUGGAUUGGAGGAUGAACUGGAUUUUGAAGCAAACUUCAGUAGUACAGACAAUGAUGAAGAUUCUGAUGUGCUUGAAGAAAGAUUUAAAAGCAUGAAUUUUGAAAGGACAGAAGUCUAAAAGUUCGAGUUUCUACUUAAGAGACUGAAUAAAAUAAAAUGUAGUAAGCUGAUGUUUGCCUUGAAUUUCUGUUCUGAAAGCCUGGUUUGACAUCUACGAUCCUUGCAUAUAAAAGUUGGCACUUUGUCUAUUGAUGCUUGUUAGGUUCUUUGGGGGAAGGGCAGGAGGGGCAUUAAUAAAUACACAUUCCUGUAUUAAAGCAGGAAUUCUUGUGGAAAGAUUCAGAACUUGAAUCUUUAAGCACAGAUGUUUUUUGCAUAUAUGUGACAACUUCCUGUUUCUCUAGAAUAAAGCCUCUUUGUGGAAUUGUUCUAAAUUCAGUAUUAUGUGACUGUUGUACAGCCACUUGGAAAGCUGUGUGGAAAAUCUGUAGGAUAUAUAAAGGGCCCUGUCAUAAAUGAAUGCCAUCACCAGUACAGUUCAUGAGCAAUUCAUGCUUACUUACCAUCUAUAAAUGUGGAUUUAAAAUUUGUGAUUGUUAUUACUACCAAUGUCUUGAAAAUGAAGAAAAAUUAAAAAAACUUUUCUAGAAUUUCUCAUAAUUGUUUUCACAUGUUCUUUUCCUUUGAAUGCAGAUCUAAUUUAGUUUUUCCUGAUAUGAAAGCACUUGCGUAUCAUGUAGAGAUGCUCAUAUGGAACUGCAUUUAUUUUUGUUGCUAUUUUAGAUACAGACAGAUGCAUUAUAGUGCAGGAUGUGUAGUUACUUCUCCCUGAUUUUCAAAUAUUUCUAAAGGUUAUUUCAAUGUAGAUUAAGAUCUAGAGAGAGCUCAACUAAAUUUGCAGUAACUAUCUCGCUGUAACUCAGAAUGCUUUGAUUUCUUUUAUAUAAUCUACUACUUCGGUAAAUAAAGCUGAAGAAGUACUUCCUAGUAAUUAAAUGAUUUAACUAAAAUAUUUUAUUUGGACUUAUCCUGUGAACAGAUGACAACAUAACAGCCACACAUCCUCGCUGGUGUUGUGCCUGGUCCGCAGCAACAGGCACAGCAAACACUAGAUUUCCAGACUGGCUUCUUCAGAUGAAUUGUAAGAGACUUGGACUGUGUGAUUUUGUAUUUCUUUCAAAUGAGGGAAAUGCCGAAAUUUUAGUUUCUUCUGGGUGGAGAUAGAACUUCUGCCACCCCAUGGCUGUUGUAGUUGACCUUAGCUAUAAAAAACCCCCUCAGUUAUCAAGAUAAGGAACACUAAGACGUUCAACAGUCAGUAGGACAGAAACUACUCUAAUUUAAAGGACAACUUAUCUAUCUAUUUAGCAUUUAAUGAGACUAAUAGCCAACAGCAACUGCAAAAUCCUUAUAAUCAGCUGUGGAACAAUGAGCUCAUACAGGCUUUUCUUAACUGCCUAGGUGAUUGUCACUACACAUCAGGCCUUAAGAACAGGCUUUUUCUUUUAUUAUUUUUUAUUUAUUCAAGUUCAUCUUUCAUUUUUAUAUAAUUUAAUGCUACAAUAAAACACCUCAUUUGCCUUUUCUAAGUCAUUUGUAAAAUUGUACCUUAAUAGCUAAAACAUGCUUUUGUAAUGAUCUCUAAGAACUAAUAAUUGCUCUGUUUCUCUUC